CUCUCAAAAGAUUAUGAAUAAUCCUUCACUAACAUCUUCUGAUUCUGAAGGAGAGAUUGAAACAAAAUUGGAUUCCAAGACUUCAACUAAAAAGCGCAAGGAUUCUCUUACUCCAUUGAAAAGAAGAUUUGAGGCAAGUUCUUAUCAACCUAUUGAAGAAGAGCCUAAUAGUACUACUGGCAACAGUGAGGAAAUCGUUGUUGAGGAGGAUACAAAAUAUCUUGAUGAGGAGGAAUGGGUGACUGUAGUUGGUUUCUCCAAAAAGGAUAUCGAACUAGUGUUGCGCAAGUUUGAGAAAUAUGGUGAGAUACUGGAUCACGUCCGAAUUCCUGGUACUAACUGGAUGCAUAUUCUUUAUCAGAAGCGAUCAGAAGCUCAAAAAGUCCUUACCAAAAGAUGGUUGCAAAUCAAUGGAGGACUUCUUGUGGGUGUGAAACCUGUGGAUCCAAUUCAAAGAAAAACACUCAAUGAACCAUCCCAGCCAGUGGCAGAUCGAAUAAAAGAAGCCCUCCAAGAGCGUCUCUGUCUGCUUCAUUGUUGUGAAGCCGAUUUCUUCAUUUUAGGUGCAACUGGUGAUGUGUAUAAUGUCAGGUUAGCUACAACCCCCUUGUGCAGUUGCCCAGACCGUAUGAUCCCGUGCAAACACAUACUCUUUGUGUUUCUUCGUGUAAUCGAAGUCUCUCUCAGUGAUUCUUGUGUUAGGAGGAAGACUCUUAAGCCAUGUCAACUUACACGCCUACUUAACACCCCCACAUCACCCCAAAUCCUUGCUGGUCCUCGUGUGCGCGAGAGAUUUCUUCAUCUAUAUUCAACCAAGUCAUAUUUGGGUCCUCCACCAAAGCCCGAGCUGGGUAAGUGUAUCAAAUGCAAAAAACAGAUGUACGCUGAAGAUGAAGUAUUGGAAUGUGACCAGUGUGAGUACAUUGGACAUGAAAAGUGUAUGAUAUAUAGGAAAACUGAGUACGGGGCACCUUUCUGUGCAUUCUGUGGGAAUCGGUGGACUGAAGACUGGGAGAAGGAAUAUUUGAAUCUUGCGUCUUACAUGAGGGAAGAAGGCAUGGCUUAA